AUGGCCUACCCUACCCCAACUUCAUCGCAGAAUGUUGCGGCUCUUGAUCACUUCAUAUACAUGCCUGUUUCCCAGGAAAUGAUCAACUACCUUGGACACAAGGCCGCUCAAGUCAUCCGAUGCGAAGGCCAGACCUCAAGCAGCAGGUCGCAGCAGCCCACACCGCCAACCACACCGCCUCAGGAUACUAGUCGAUCCAACUUUGAGCCUGCUCUCCCAUCUCUCGAGCUAUUCAUCACCACACUGGUUGAAAGGUCCCACGUGCAGGUCCCUACCUUGAUGACAUCUCUUGUAUAUCUUGGCCGACUCCAGCAACGCCUCCCUCCGGUAGCAAAGGGCAUGAAGUGCACUGCGCAUCGCAUCUUCUUGGCCUCGCUCAUCCUAGCCGCGAAGAACCUCAACGAUUCAUCCCCAAAGAACAAGCACUGGGCACGGUACACUGCCGUUCGCGGCUUCGAUAACUUUGGCUUUAGCUUGACAGAGGUCAACCUCAUGGAGAAGCAGCUUCUUGGUCUGCUCGAGUGGGACCUCCGCGUGACCGAGGAUGACCUCUACUUCCACUUCGAACCAUUCCUCGCUCCUAUUCGCACAUGGCAGAUUCGCCAGGCAGAGAAGCAGCGUAUCAAGGAAGAAAUGGCAGCUCUCGAGAAACGCCAGAUUGCCUUUGCUGCACAGCAACAACGCCGCGCAGCGACAGAAUCUUCGCGAUAUUUCGAAUCUCCUCAGUCGGUUGGCCAAUACACUUACCAACAAUCAAUGUACUAUGCCACGUCAUCCAACAACUCCUCGCGCGCUCCUUCGCGAACACCAUCACUAUCACCACCAACCCGAAGCCAAUCAUCAGCAUCGAACUUUUCAGCGGACUCAUAUGGCUCAUCUUCAUCACCGGCCAGCAUCGCCUCCUCUUACACCGACUCAGUCUGCGCCGAGCCUGCUGUACAUAUCCAACAGUAUGAGGGCCAGCACGUGCCUUCUAUCGUUCAUAUCCCAUCCAAGCAUGUACCCACAGUGCUCCCUCAUCACACACUGCCGCUGGAACACACCGACCAGCAGCCCGCGAAGAAGCAAAAGACCAACAUCUUCAGCCGAUUCCUGCCUACAACAUUGAGCCGUCCGGGCGCAAUGAGCGGCUACUAA